UGUAACUGGCAAUACUGUUCAUUCACAAGUGCAAAAUAUAAGUGAAAAGAUUUUUUUAUUAAUUUUCUGUUUUAGUUUAACGUAGGAAAUAUUUUGCACUUUUUUAUAAAAUUUCCUUAUUAAAGAAGUGAUGCAAUGGAGCUUUCGUCUGAUCCAUAUGAAUUAAAAUUAUAUCAAAUGUUUCAAAGUUGUGACAAAGAGCAAUGUGGUUUACUGGAUGAAGAAUCAUUGCGUCGUUUGUGUGGCCUCCUGGAGCUUCAGGACAAAGGAGCAGUGCUUAUUGCUGGCUUAUCUGGCAAUGGACGUGUGUCUUUCGAUUGUUUCAAAGAAGCGCUAUUAAACUUUCUCGGUGCAGAACUCGAGUUGGAUACAAAAGAACAACACAUGAAAGGUGACACAUACAAACGCAGUAGCGAUGUGAUCUCAGCGGCGACGAUCAUCAAUAGUAGUAAUAGUAACAGUAGCUGUUUGCCAGAUACUAAAGAGCGUACUCUAGUCAUAUGUGACACGAAUGAAGGCACGAAACCUGUGGACAGCGAUCAUGCUGUAUCUGAUCGAGAAGUCUCGCCGAAACUUGUAAUGGGCUCAAAAAAAUAUGGACGACGUUCGCGUCCUACGGCACAUAAUACCAAGAAUAUAUCGCUAACAGAUUCCGAUGAUGAUGCUGAUAGUAAUGACCAUAGAUCAUGCGAAAUAAAUGUACACAAUUGUCUCUCAGCUGUGCAGCGUUCUUCUUCACAAACGGACAUUCCUAAUAAAGGGAGACGCCGCCCUCCCACAACUAAUGGCGGUGGCAAACUCAAGCGCUGCUCCUCUUUGCCCACGCAACGCAGCAUGCAGCAUAAGCUUAAUUCGAAGUCCUUGAGUUCAAGCAUACAAAAAACACAACUUUGGGACAAGCCGCAACCGAAACAAGUGCUGACCAGCAGCAUGGAAUCGUUAGAAUCGCCGCCACUGACGGAGCCUGAAACACUGCCUGUACAUAGAAUACUAGACAUAUUCGAGGGUGCGCAAAUCGCAAAUGGCAGAGGUAUCUUGCUAGCGCUCGGCUUUGAUGACGAUGAGGUGAAUGUGGCGCAGUUGAACAAAGUGCUGGAAGAGGAGUUACGUGGUUUGGAUGAUGACACGCAGCUGGCGCUGGUACGCGCCUACAUGGCGUUGCAGGCGUCGGAAGUGACAGCGCUGCGUCAAAAUGCACGUCAAUUGCGCGAUGAAAAUAAGAAGCUGCAUGCAAGUAAUAAAGACGCAAAUCAACGUUUGGCACUGUUGGCAGCUGAAAUUGAUGAACGGCAUGCAAACUUGGAGGAUAACUCAAAGAAAGAGAUACGCGUACUCGAGCAACGGCAUGCCACUUUGGUGCGCGAGUUGUCGACGCGCAUGGCCAAUGAUCGUGAAAAUUGGAGCAGCUUCACGACGCGUCUGGAAGCGCGCAUCAAACUACUCGAGCAGGAGGAGAUCAAAAACAAAACCGAAUUGGAGUUGGUAAGAAAUGAGAAUUGUGAUUUAGAAAAUGAGUUGCAGAAAAUGCAAAAGCAAAUUACGGAACUACUCGAAAAGAAUGUGCAACUAAAUAUGCAAUUGGCAGAUUUAGAUAGAGACACCAGCGCCGAUAUGCGUGAGCAGCGCAAUGGUAAGCGCGCGGAUGAGGAUGAAGAAGUUGCACGUCUGGUGGAGAAAGUAACUGAAUUGCAAGUAGAUAAUAAAAACUUAAGAGAUAAGACUGAUGAGUUAGUUGCAGAGUUAGAAAGCUUGAAUUUAGAACUAUUGCGUACUAAAACGAAGAAUAAGAAAUCCUCAUCCAUAAGCAAUACAAAUUCAUCUACAGCGUUAGAUGUUGCCAGUGUUGCUUUGGAUGAUGCGGAGCAGGCCGCCAAUUUGACGGCUACCAAGCGACGCGGUGACUCGCCCAGCAAAACACAUAUCACAGAAGAGAGUCCACGUUUGGGCAAAUUACGGAAAUGCACCGAUACCACAGGCAGUGAGGCGAGUGACACCAGCGGUGAGUGGAUGGCAUUGAACUCCGAAUUGCGUGAAUCGGAGACACACGCGAGUAAUGCGACAGAUAAUGUGAAAGAUUACUUGGCGCAGAUUAGCGCGCUGAAGCAGCAGGUGGCAGAGUUGGAGGAGGCACAGCAGAAAACCCACACUACAACAGCCAGUGUGGGUGUGUCAACCGAUGAACGCUGCAAGGAAUUAGAAGCCAGUUUGGAACAAAUGCAACGCGCCUAUGAAGACUGCGAAGAUUAUUGGCAAUCAAAGUUGGCUGAAGAGCGACAACUAUUCGAGAAGGAACGUCAAAUCUAUGAGGAGGAACAACAGGAGAGCGAUAAGAAAUUCACCGAAUUAAUGGAAAAGGUGCGUGAAUAUGAGGAGCAAUUCAGUCGUGACGGUAGACUAUCACCCAUCGAAGAGAAGGAUGCGUUGGAGCAGCAAUAUGCCGAUCUGGAGGCCGAAGCGAAUGAAUUACGCGAAACCGCUAGAAAACUGUUCGACGAAAAGUGCAACGAAAUCGAGAAUUUACAACGAGAAAUCGAAGAUUUACGUACGCGUCUGGGCGAAAGCGUCGAAAUUCUGACCGGCGCCUGUGAACUAAACAACGAAGCUAUGGCAGUGAGCGCCUUACACAUCAAUCCGGAUAAACAAAGUCCGGCCAGUUCGCCGAUUAGUUAUUUGUGGCAUCAGAGCACCAUACAGGAGCCAGCUAAAAACUAUAACACCGCUUUUCCACCAUCACCCGAGUCGCCGACACGUCAAGCAAAUCGAAACAAUCUCACCACAUCGGAGACAACAAUAUUCAGCACCACACCCGUUGACACCAUAGCGCCUAUACAAAAGCCACCAGGCUCAAAGCAGUCCGAAUCGGAAACGGAUGAGGUCUCUUCCACCGCCUCGGGCAAGAGUUCCGAAAGUCACAGCCCAGCAUCCACGCAUAGUGCACGUCAAUCGCAGACACAACAACAACUGAAGAAAUCACCGAGCACAGAGAAUAGCAUAUCGAGCCUUGGAAUGAAGGAGGAGCUGAAGCGUUUGAAGUUCUUUGAGAUAUCGCUACGCGAGCAAGUCAAGAAUUUGUCUCUACAGCGUGAUGGUUUAGUCAUGGAACUGCAGCAGCUGCAGGAGGCGCGCCCUGUGCUAGAAAAGGCUUAUGCUCGCACACCACAUCCAAGUGUUAUCCAGCGUGUCAAUCAGUUGGAGUUGAGAAAUCGUCACUUGCAAAAUGCUAUCAAACAGCAGCAACAACAAACCGAGUCGUUAAUGCAACGCUCCUGGCAGCAACACCAAAUGGAGCUUGCCGAUCUACACAAUCGCAUCGAGACACAAGGCUCUAUGCUUGCCGAGCAAGUGCAGCGUUUGCAGAAUGCCGAUAUGUUGGUGAAAGAUUUGUAUGUGGAGAAUGCGCAUUUGGCCGCGACCGUGCAACGGUUGGAGCAGCAUCGUGCGCGCAUGAAUAUGAUGCAUCAACAGCGUCAGGGUUUGAAUGGUUUGCCGGGAAUGCCUUAAAUACAUACAUAUAUACAAUACUGAAUGCUAACAGAUGUUAACCCCAAAGAUGAAGUGGAUGUAUUGCGUGUGUCUUUUUUGUUGUUUUAUGAAUAAUAGUUAAUAAUUGAACGUCGUAUGCAAGCCUUAAUGUCCACAGAAACAGAACAAAAAUGUCGCACAAACUGCUCCGUGUUUGGCACCUGAAAUUAACACACACUAUUAACACUGAAUAUUAGCAAUAGUUAAUUACAUACAUACAUACAUACAUACACACACACAUAUGGAACGUGGUAGCGCAGAUCGUAGUGUUUUACGAUAUUAGUUGUUAGUUAGUAAAACGUGUGGUAUUCAUGACUAUGUUACUUUCUACACACACACACACACACGCUGUCUGUCUUUUAUUAUCUGUAGCUAUUUAAUGCGAGUAUUAAACAAUAAUUUUAUUUUAUUCUUACUCUUAACUCUCGAGACUUACAUGAACCUUUCCAAUGUAUUUUGAUUUCUUUUGAAUCGUACGCAGCAAAAUGCAUAUAUUUUUUUUUUAAUUAUGACCUAAGCAGUUUUUAUGCAUUUUAUAUAUAAAUAGUUAAAUAAAGCGUAAUUUAUUGAAAAUUUGCAGCAUAAGUAGCUACUAGUUUGGUAUAUAGUUUGGUUAUUUUUUUUUUGUUUUUGAUUUUUUGGUGUUGACUAUUGAAAUUUGUUUGUAUUGAUUUUUAAUUGUAUGCAUGUAACUUUAUAUAUAUAUAUAUAUCUAUUUUUAUUAUUUAUUUAUUGUAAAAGUCUUCUUUUUAAGUAAGUAGUUAAAGCGUGAAAAUAUGUCUACCAAACUUGCAACAAAAAAACUGUUAACCUAGCGAAUUAAAUUUUAAAUUUCUACACACUUGAAUGUAUUUACACACAUACAUUGAUUCCUAAAUGCCAUAUGCCUAAGCUCAUGAUAUUAAUAAAAGAAAAGACACUA